AUGCGACCAUACCUACCAGAAGAAUGUCGUCACGAAGUCUUCAAUGCACUGCACAGCAUAAGUCAUCCAGGUGUUAGAACAACAAGAAAAUUCAUCACUGAAAUAUUCUUUUGGCCUUCAAUGCAAGUGGAUGUUGGCAACUGGGCGAAGCAAUGCCUAGCUACAUUUCCACCCACGGAGAGAUUCGACGUUGACAUCGUUGGACCAUUACCUACUUCACCGCAAGGACAUCGUUACCUCGUAACAAUGAUCGACAGAACAACAAGAUGGCCAGAAGCAAUACCUACCGAUGAUACUUCAGCCGAAUCGGUCGCGAAGAUAAUUUAUGAAAAUUGGAUUACUCGUUUCAUGGGGGGAUAUUUGCCAUAG